AUGAAGAGACCACCAGUCGAAAUUGGAAAACUCGACGUUCGAACGGAUUUGAGCCAAGGAAUCGAUGUCGACGCAAAUUGCACCGUUCUUAGAAUCGACGACGUCAAAAUUGGAAAUGCGAAUGCGAAAGCGAAACUCGGCUUGAAGGAGGGACUUGGUGUUGGCGCGAAUGCCGGGCUUCUGGAAGACAAAAAUAUCAAAAUUGUGAAGGCAGGAGUCAAUGGAAGUGUUGGAAAGGAUGGCGUCGACGUCGGCGUCGAAGGAACACUUGCACGCGCCGAACUCAAAUCGGACAACUUCGAUGUCGGUUUCGGAUUGAAUGUGAACACUGGAUUGAAAAAUGACUAUCAUAAUAGCAUGGAUUUAUGGUAUGUCCCGGCUUCCUACCUCUUCGUUCAUUUCCCGAGCAUCGCUUAA